GCGGCGCCGUGCGCGACGACGACGACGACGACGACGAGAACGACGGGGACAUUCGCGCGCGUUACAUUACUUCUCGUCGUCGAUCCGUCGUCUCGUUUCCGGAAGGAUCGAAAUUUAAUUUCGAAACGAACCGUCAGUUUCAGUGUGCGGUGCGUGCUCCGAAACGGAUGCUACUACGAAUACUCGUCACGGGCACGCAGAGCAGCGUGGGUGGUGAACCGCGGUGUGGUGGUUCGAGUCUAUAAUUAACCGCGGAGAACGCGGCUGGCAGCGGAACGAGGUAUCGGAUCUGCAAGAAAUUAAGCCGCACGAGCGGCUCUCGAUGAAAACAUCUCGCGAAUAAAUCAGCGACGUGACGGCGAAGUGAGAAAAAAUGUGAAGGAUGUGUGCUUACGAGGAAUUAUUCGGGAUUUAUCGUUCCCGGAUCGGAUCGAUGUGAAUAAUAAGGGGCAAACCUCUUUAGAAAAUAUAUAUAUAUAUAUACAUCGGGAGAGAACAUUAUUAACGAACAACAACGUUGGCAAGUCUUCGCGGAAUAAUGAACUUCUCUAAUCUUGUUGGCAGUAUUAUGAUGUCAAAACGGAGCAGAUCGGUCGCGAAACUUCAUGAUUGUCUGGAAGGAUAACUUUCUUAUUAGUUCUGUGCGCGCACACGUAAAUAUAGUAGUAACUCGAGGGAUCUCGCCCUCGUUUCGUCGUCGUUCGAUAUCAAUUUUCGUGGCGCGAGGCGAGUAUUAACGGAACGGGAAUCGAAAUUAACCGCGUGACUCAUUCGGGAAGAAGCGACACUCUCUCGGUCACGUUUUACGAGCGGGGAUAAUCUCGUCAAGGCGGAAUUAACCACGGCGAGCCCAAGGUUUUCACCGGUGGAAAACGACCGGGAGAGCAGGGACCGAUGAUUAAAGCAUUCGUGCUUGAAAAGAGAACGCGACGUGUCCUGAUCCGCGAUUAGAAGAUCGAUCGAUCGAAAGCUUCUCCCUCCCUUUACUCGUCAAACGAGCCGCGACAAGACCUCGUCGAUGUCCUAAUAAAUGUCACUUGCACUGAUCGAUCGGUGCCUUUUGCCAGUCGUGACAUAAAGAGUGGGGGAACGAUUUAAAAAGCGACAGAGACGACGGGUCAACGUUGUCGAAAACCGGAUGUCGAUGACGGAUCGCGAUCGGACGAAGGGACCAAGCACGUAAUCGGGAUCCUCGGCGCCACUUUCGAGGACCUUGAUCAUUAUUUAUCCACGAAUGGAGGAUGAACAGAGGUGCGUGAGGGAGAGUGGCGGACGCUUUUAAACCGAUGAGAUGACAGUGUUGUGCGUUCUGUGGGCUACUCUGUCCACCGUGGCCUCGAUUCUGGCGUGCUCCGGUUUUUACUUGCCUUAUUGGAUUCAGGGACGACUACUGGGAAAGGCGGACGCGUACUUCAGUUCCUUUCGGCGUUGCAACUACCCGCGAUUCAGGGCCCCCAACACCACGCCCGAGAUAGUUUACGAGUGCGCGAGGUACUCCAGCUUUUGGGACAUACCGAGUGCCUGGUGGCAGGCGAGUACAGUAACGAUGGGAAUCGGCGUCGCGAUCGCAGUGAUCGGCGCUUUGACACUUUUAGCAGCGGCGUCAUCAUUCCUCCCACACAUUCUGAAAACGCCGAAGCACACGAGAAUUCUUGGUUCCUUGCAGCUGCUCGCUGCAACGAUGAUAUGCGGCGGUUUGGUGAUGUAUCCGAUCGGCUGGGAUAAUCGGGAGGUACGCGAAUCCUGCGGAAAGGGGGCCAAUGUUUAUAAUCUCGGGAAGUGCUCGGUGUCAUGGUCGAGCCACUUGCUGGUCGGUUCGGUCGCUUUGCUGAUGCUGUGCUUCGGCCUGAGCUUCUGCGCGGCCCGGCACAAGCCUACGAACUCGCACACGGAUCCCCUGCGCAUUUGACAAUCGAGAUACUCGCAGUCGAUUCACGCCUACGCCUCGCCGAAGACGACCACCACGCUCUCCAUCGUCACGGUCUGUUGAUCGUCACGACCGCGCCUGUUGCGUGCGUGCGUGCGUAAGUAUGCGAUCGUCGUCGCCGCCGCCGUCGUCGUCUGUCGUCCAUUCACGUCGCGGUGCGAAACGAGAAAUACAUACGUCACCGCGCGCAUAUAAACGCCUCGUAUAUUUCGCGAGAAAUCUGUCAUGCGCGAAACGUGCGUGUCACGGCGAACUAGCGACUGCAAGUUGCAUGAGACUCGUAUAGUAUCUCAUACGUAUGUAUUUUACGUAUACCUGUAUUUUUCCGAUUCGGAGCGAUGCAAAUUUUUGCGCGAUUUUACGUCGGUUUAAAGCAUGGUUUAACGCUAACACACUGCCUGCGUGACUAUAACUCCUUAACACGAUCUCACAAUCGGCGUGAAAAAUCUAUAAAUGAGUGUCGCGUUCAUAAUUCGUUGAUUGAAUGUUUAAGCGGGUAGGUAGAUACAAGUUGACAAUUUUUUUAAAAAUUCAUUUUCCUGCGUACUUGAAAUGUAUCACAUCUAUCGAAGGAAGGAGAAAGUAUACGAUCUACAGCGGUCUAAACUUGACAAAUAACUUCAUAAGCGUGUUUCUCGAGAGAGAGAGAGAGAGAGAGAAAUUUCUAUUAAAUUAUAAAAAACUUUUCUUUACGAAGAUGUUAAAGUUUGUAAAAAAUUUCUGCUAUUUCGAUGUUUUUUUUUUUUUUAAUAUGACUAGAUAUUUUUCUGCGAAAAAAUCUUAGAAUUGCAUCCGAAAUCCAUCUGGAUCUCGGAAAGAUUGAUUAAACUUUUGACAGGUUAACGCAUAUCUACCCUCUCGAGGCAGAUCCUUCACCUCUGUAUAUAUAUAUAAUAAAUAGUAUACGUGACCUGUAUAUGUACGUAUGUAUAUACCGCGCUAAGAGUGAAUCUUAUAGUCCUGUUUCGCGGCAAAGACUGUUGGAGAGCUGCUACGGUAUUUCCAAUUUGGCGCCGUAGUAAGCCCCGGCUGGAAGCGACGAAGCAAUUGGCAAUUCGCCUUUCAGCACUUUCAAUUCGCUCGUUGGACGUAUAUACACGGUGGCGCGAAAGGAUACGGACCGAGGGAAAUACGAACACGUACACACACACACAUAGGUGCAUGCACGUCUCUUUCGCGUCGGGAGCCCGCAUUCAGAUGCGUCGUAACGAUCACGAUGUCCAGAUGGACUGCAGCACACUCCUUUUCGAAGCGCCGGGAGAUCGCUAUGUAUAGGUAUAUCGAUCGCACAGGCAUGGAGAACGUUUCGACUCUCCAGAGAUUCGCACGUUUCUCUUAUUUAUCCUCGUCUCGGAUUCUCUCCUCAAGAUGCUAUUUCUUUCGAAAAUAAUGGUAUUGGUUUAACGAUGAUUGUCAGUGUGUAUCAGUGUUAGGCUUUUCUCUCUUGGAAUUUAUCCAAAUCUAAGAGCCCAGAUUUGUUGGAAUAAGAUGUAUCGUAUUUACUUACUUUUCGCAAAAAAUCUUUUGACCUGAUAAUCUUAUAAGAUAAGAAAGAAAUAUUUUAUAUAUGGAACAUAUUCUCACAGGGGGCUGCUCCAUUAAACAAAUAAUUGUUGUUUGUAUAAAAUCGCACGCGUGCGAGAGAAAGUGUUGAGAAAAUUGGGUUUAAGCUCCAGACGUGGAAAAUUUAGCGGCUUGCGAAAUCCGCGUAAUUAAAAGAUAAAGGGAUCAGAAAAGAUUGAAGUUCUAGGCUUCUAUAUAGCUGCGGGUGGUAGUUUAUUUGUAUCGUGACUUCCUAUCUAAACCAUUCGAAUCUAUUUGAACUUCGUCCUCUUUUCCAAACAAAAGAAUCAAAAGAUUGAGUUGAUCAGUUAAGAAAAGAGAAGUAUUUUCUCGUUUUGUAUUUGCUCUGCCUCGUUUGAGUUUCUAACGAUGAUUUAAUUACGAGUCGUGAUACUUAUAAAUAAUUCACGAGAACAAUAUUUUCCCAAAGAAUUUUUUUUCGUCGCUCUCUUUUAUCGAGAGAAAAAAAGAAUUGUGCGAUUGUUCGAUCGGAAUCUCACUGUACACGAUGCGCAUUCACGAAUAUUGAAUCACCCUGUACGACUCUCAGGUAAAAAAUAGCCCGCGGUAUUUGUGCGCGAAUAUAAAAAAAUGUAAUAUUCGGGAUGCGUAUAUGUGUGACCAAGGGGUAUAUAUAGGUGUGGCCUCGGUGAAAUUCACAAUUGCGGACGCGGUUGAAUUUUACGUGUUGAUGGAAUGGCGCGCACAAACAAUGGGCGCGCGUUAUUCGGUGAAGGCAUCGCUAUUGGCCGGAUAAAAAUCCAAGCUGAACAAACAGAUCGGAGCACGCUUCCGCUCGUAUGAGAUCUCUACGCACCGCUUACUUCUUGCAUCGGGGAUUAAUCGCGGCUUUUUUUUCUACCGCACGCGCGCGCAUAUAUGGUACAUACACAUACACGCGAAAUAACAUCCUCGUCGUGUGGUUACCUGUGUGAUAAAAAUUGUUUCGCAGUGAAUAAAGGAAUCCGUGGUGAUAUGGUUACCGGUUUCGAUUCGCACUCUCUUUCGUUCCCUUUUUUUCUUUUUUUUUUUUUUGCCGGUACACGUUCGAAAAUUGCGGACCAUGAAGAUCGCCGCAAAUAUCGAAAAUAUUUCCGUUAUCCGUUAUUGAUGUAAAACGAAAUCAUAUUGCAUGCAUCAUAUUGACCCGGCUUUUUCUCCCCGAAGAUACCCUGGAACGUAAUUGGCAAAGGUGUCGUAAAACUGCUGAAAGCUUUUCGGAUUACACGCUUCGCGGGUUCAAUCUGGAUAGAGUACUUAUCAAUGCAUAGCGGUCUUAAAAUGCGUAAAUACUGAUAAACGAGAUACGAUCUAGAUUACUGCUCUAAAAAAAAGGAAGAAAAAAAUAAAAAGUUUGAAUUUAAAUAUAUCGAAUAAAAUCAACAAUAGAAUUACGUAUGUGGACAAUCGAUGUUAUUAGUCUCGUUUAAAUUUUCUUCUCCGACAUCUGUCAGCGCGCGUCAUAUCCUUAUUUUCCAAAAGGACUUUUAGCGACUUUCGCAUCUCAAGUCUCUAACUCGAUUCCUUCGUUAAGUCGUGAUUCGCUCAAGAGAUGAAACUACUGCAUCGUGUUUUUCUCACGAGCUAUAACUUUAGGCUUCGUCGACGUACCGUCCCUCGAGUAAAACUUAGUUAAAAAAAAAAAAAAAAAAAAAAGAAGAGAGAAAGGGAGAAAAAAUGGGAAGGAAACGAGCUACUGGUUCCGGAUCUAUCGAUCGAUGCGGUUUGUUCGUUCGUGGAACGGAUGUACCGUCUCCCUUGAGAAACUUUCGCGGUAAAACCUCUCCCGUUCGCAUGCGCAUUCUCCCCAGCAUCCCAUCCCUCACAUUCACCCUGUCCUCCUUUCUCUCUCUCUCUCUCUUUUUUUUCCCUCCUUCCCUAUUCACGCGAUCCCUUUCCCUCUUCCAUUUCUCGCUACGCGCUUCCACAUGCCGCCACCCGAUUCCACUUUGCCUCUUAUCGACUUCCGCCUUCCUUCCUAACCUAAGGACUCGCCCGACCAUUUCUCUCUGCGACCAUCGCCGGCCGGUGCAGAAGGUGGGGAAAAGAGAUAGCCGGAAAAGCGAGUUCGUUCUCGUGACUAAUUGAGCUAUCGGUUUACCUGCGAGAGAAAGGAAGAAAGGGAGGAGAUAGAGAGAAAUAUAUAUAUAUAGAGAGAGAGAGAGAAAGAGAUACGCGACGGCACGAAUAAGGGAAAGGAACGAUUCAGGAGUAGAAGGAGGAAUGUCUUAGGCGAGUCAAGCCAUCGCUCCCCUUUCUUCGUCCUUGUGUUUUCGCUCGCUCGACUCACGAGCACUUAUCGCGUGACCGGGCAGAGCAAGUGGCGGCCAUUUCACUGUCUCCAUAAACGUACCGUUUUGUAACCGGUUACCUUGCCUAGUUGUCCUUAGAGAGGCCAUAAGGGUCGCGAGCGAAUUCCUGUGUCGGUUUAUUCUCUCGCCGCUCCAUCGUUUAAUCUUAAUUCCGCCGAAACCGUUUCUCCACCUUCUACUUGUAAUUCGGUCUCUCGCGGCAACGAAAAGCGAGAACAACGAGAGGCUACAUCUUACUUAAAAACGUCCGCGAGAAUUUCCUGCUCGAAUAUAUAUUUAUGAACUUUUUUUGUCGUACAAAUAUAUAACGAACAAUAACCAGAAUACUUUUGCUCUCGCACUUUGUCACGAGUGGUAAUGACAGAUAAUGUGAAAAUGGUUGAUGCGAUUACACGUAUAGUUCGUACGACGGUAUAUCGAGAAAUGUCAAUUUCGAUAGCGAAGAAGAAACUUCUUACAACUUAAACGAUUUCGAUACCUCCGUUGUUCGCCAAGUUUCUGUUAUAUCUCGUGGCCGCGAAACAAUUUGCAGCGGUCGGUUCUGCAAUCGAACAAUCUCCCUUUUGUUCUAGACUAUUUAUUAAGUAUUUUCAAAGUAUCUGGUUAUCGAUUCUUGCGGUUAUUAAUCUAAAUUAUUACUGCAGUUUUACUAUUCCUGCAGAAUUUAACUAUAUUUUUUUCUACUUUUUUAUAUUUUAAUUUUAAAUCUGUAUA